GCGCGUGGCGCCGCUGUCAGGGCACGGCUCAGCUACAGUAUGGCGGCGAGCUGCUGCUGGAAGGAUGCUGCUGUCGCCCAGCCUGCUGUUUGUGCUGCUUUCAGAAUGUGAACGGAAUAUCCACCGCGCACGGAAAGUGGACAACGAGAAAGGCCUGUAGCCCCGGAAUCGAGGAUGGCCAGGCUUGCGGAUUAUUUCGUCGUGGUCGGCUACGAUCUCGAUAAGAGGGGGGGAAGUGAAGGUCAAGGCCGGAUCCUCCAGCGAUUCCCAGAGAAGGAUUGGGAGGAUAACCCCUUCCCGCAGGGCAUCGAGCUGUUCUGUCAGCCCAGCGGAUGGCAGCUGGUCCCCGAGCGACAGCCUCCCUCUUUCUUCGUGGCCGUCCUCACAGACAUCAACUCAGAACGCCAUUACUGUGCCUGCUUCACCUUCUGGGAGACUGUAGAUAACCCUCAGUUACAGAAGGAAGAGCCCAGCGAGGCAGAUGAAGAUGAAAGCCCUGAUCUCAUACAGCCAGCACAGCUCUACGCCCCCAAGAGCCUGGUUGUGGUGUCCCGCCUGGACCACACCGAGGUGUUCAGGAACUGUCUGGGACUCAUCUACACCGUGCACGUGGAGCACGUCAACGUUCCGCUGGAAACAGUGAUCGGGAAUCUCCUGACCUGCAUCAUUCCCAUUGCUGGAGGAUCUCAGAUAAACGAACCCCCAGUCUGUAGUUUAUCUGACUGGCUGCUGGGUUGUUUUCAGCCAGGCGAGGAGGACAGAGAGGACAGCUUGAGGACCAUCACCUUGGGGGCGGGAGACAGGCAAGUGAUCCAGACACCCAUCAACGACUCACUUCCUGUGAGUGGCUCCAGCGUGGCCCAGCUCUUCAGGCAGCUCGGUAUUGUGAAUGUUCUCUAUCUGUUUUGCGCUGCUCUCACGGAGCACAAGAUCCUCUUCCUGUCCAAGAGCUACCAGCGGCUCACAGACGCCUGCCGAGCUCUGCUGGCUAUCAUGUUCCCACUCAAAUACAGCUUCACCUACGUCCCCAUCCUGCCCGGGAAGCUCCUGGAAGUCCUCAGCACACCGACACCCUUCAUCAUCGGAGUCAACUCCUUCUUUCGCUCAGAGACGCAGGAGCUGUUGGACGUGAUCAUUGCAGAUCUGGAUGGAGGCACCGUGACGAUCCCGGAGUGUGUCCACAUAUCUCUGCUGCCUGAGCCUCUUCUGCAGCACACACAGACGGUCCUCUCCAUGGUGUUGGAUCCGGAGCUGGCGGUGGCAGAUCAUGCCUUCCCUCCUUCCUCCACACAGCCUUCUGCACUAAAGAUCCAGGACAAAGAGAUCCGUGCCAUAUUCCUGUGGCUCUUUGCACAGCUCUUCCAGGGAUAUCGCUGGUGUCUGCAUAUCAUCCGUAUUCAUCCAGAGCCGGUCAUUCGCUUCCAUAAGGCUGCCUUUCUGGGCCAGCGAACUCUCUCUGAGGACGACUUCCUGAUGAAGGUGCUGGACGGCAUGGCGUUUGCGGGCUUCGUGUCAGAGAGAGGCCCGCCUUACAGGACCACAGAUCUGUUUGAUGAUCUCAUUGCCAACCAGGUGGAGAGGAUCCGUCAGGAGCAGAACGAUGUGGACAAAGUGUUGAAGCACACCAAGGAGCUGGCUGAGCAGCUCUUCAAAAACGAGAACCCGUACCCUGCAGUAGCCAUGCACAAAACGCAGCGGUCAGUGGACAGCCAUCAGUCUCAGCCUCCUGUCUCAAAGACCCCCUUCCCGCUCCUGGAUGAGGUCGCCGUCCAGCUGUUCAUCGAUCACGCAGCUGCUAAGCUCAAAACGGCCCCUCCUGUGGUCAAAGCUGAGCUGAAGGAGAUGGUGCCCUCAGGACCUCCACUGGCUGAUACCAUGGACAGAAACGGCAGUGUCCUAGCGAACAGUGCCCGGAGGCUGGAGGUAGUCAGGAACUGCAUCAUGUACAUAUUCGACAACAAGAUGCUGGAGGCCAAGAAGUUGAUGCCGGCGGUGUUGCGGGCGCUGAAAGGGCGUGCAGCUCGUGUGUGUUUGACUCAGGAGCUGAACCAGCAUGUGCUGCAGAACAGAGCUGUGCUGGAUGACCAGCAGUUCGACUACGUUGUGCGCAUGAUGAACUGCACGCUGCAGGACUGCUCUCACAUGGAUGAACAUGGCAUUGCAGCAGCUCUCCUGCCCCUGGUCACUGCUUUCUGUCGGAAACUUGGUGGAGGCAUCACUCAGUUUGCUUACAGCUGUGUGCAGGAGCACAUGGUGUGGACCAACAUGCAGUUUUGGGAGGCCAUGUUUUACAGCGAUGUGCAGAAUCAUAUCAGAGCUCUGUAUCUGGAUAUAGAAGACCAAGCCACAGUCAGCCCUAAUGAGGAUGGUGUGGGCAGGCCAGAGCAGUUCGGCGCUCUGGAGUUGGCGUCGGAGGAGACGCGCCUGUGGCCCACGCUGAGUAAAGAGAGUCAGCAGGAGCGUGUUCAGAAAGAGGAGAGCACCGUGUUCAGCCAGGCCAUCCACUACGCCAACCGCAUGAGCUACCUGCUGCUGCCGCUCGACACCAGCAAGAACCGGCUGCUGCGCACCACCGGCCUGGCCGAAGUGGAGAGCGUCAGUAACAGCUUUGUUACCAACAGCAUCGCUGGCAGUAUGGCGGAAAGCUACGAUACAGAGAGUGGUUUUGAGGAUGCUGAGAGCUCAGACGUGGCCAAUUCAGUGGUGCGCUUCAUCAACCGCUUUGUGGAUAAAGUGUGCAAUGAAAGCGGAGUGACCAACGAACACCUGAAGGCCCUUCACAUCAUGAUACCAGAUAUCGUUCAGAUGCACAUCGAGACGUUGGAUGCGGUCCACAGAGAGAGCAAGAGACUGCCUCCUAUCCAAAAGCCCAAGCUGCUGAGGCCGACUCUGUUAGCAGGUGAGGAGUUUGUGAUGGACGGCAUGCGUGUGCAUCUCCUGUCAGACGGCCGAGACGAGGCCACGGGUGUGAUGGGCGGUCCGCCCCUCCUGCCCGCCGAGGGUGCCAUCUUCCUCACCACAUACAGAAUCAUCUUCAAGGGCACGCCCAACGAUCCUCUGGCUGCAGAGCAGAUUGUGACGCGCUCUUUCCCCAUCGCCUCCCUCACUAAGGAGAAGAAGUUGAACUCGAUGAGUUUACCCAUAGACCAGUAUAUUCAGGAAGGCCUGCAGCUCCGCUCCUGUACCUUCCAGCUGAUGAAGAUAGCGUUCGAUGAGGAGGUGGCGUCAGACCUGGCCGAGGUUUUCCGGAAGCACAUGCACAAACUGCGCUACCCCCAGCACGUUCACGGCACUUUCGCCUUCACCGUGGGUCAGUCGGCCAAGAUGGUGGUGGAGCACAAGACCAAGGACAAGAACCAGUCUCUAAAAACCCUCUCUAAAAAUCUGGUGAAGAGCGCUAAGAAGACCAUCGGACGACAAUACGUGACCCGGAAGAAGUACACUCCUCCGAACUGGGAGCACCGUAGUAGUCUGCAGUCCGAAAUGGAUGAAGACGAGAUCUCGGUGUCUGAGGAGCUGGAGCAGAGCUCGCUCACGCUUUCCUCCACCAUCCGCUCGUCCGACCGCCAGACCAUGAGCAACGUAGUGGAGCGCGCUUGUUGUCGUGACUACCAACGGCUGGGUCUGGGCACGCUCAGUAACAGCCUGACACGCUCAAAGAACGAGCCUUUCCGCAUCUCCACUGUCAACCGCAUGUACACCAUCUGCAGGAGUUAUCCAGGCCUGCUGAUCGUACCUCAGAGCAUCCCUGACUCGACGCUCCACCGCAUCUCUCGCUGCUACAGGCAGAGCCGCUUCCCCGUGGUGUGCUGGAGGAACCCGCGCACUAAAGCCGUGCUCCUGCGCUCGGCCGGUCUGCACGCCAAGGGAGUCGUGGGAUUCUUCAAAUCUCCCAACGCCCCCAGUGCAGGUCCCUCUCAGGCUGACUCCACCAGUCUGGAGCAGGAGAAGUACCUGCAGGCCAUCAUCAGCUCCAUGCCCUCCUACAGCGAGGCCAGUGGAAGAAACACCCUGAGCAGCUUCACGUCCAUGCACAUGAGCGCCUCAGACUCAACCGACAAACUGAGACAACCGAAAAUUGGAGCUCUUAUGAAGCAAGUUAUGGGCACUAAAGAGGAUGUGCCUGGAACCUUCAGUCGAGGAGCGCUGGGUCAGAGGGCAAAGGUCAUCUCCCUCUCUCAGCCUAAGGUUUCAGUCAAGGCCCGCAGCUCACCCCGAGGGAAGUGGGGCAGUAUCCGGGGCAGCGGGCGUCUCACUGGCUAUAAUCCUGAAGUGGGGAACCGGCUAGCAGGGAAGGACUCCCCUCAGGUAAACGGCGGGCCUACUGAGCCAUACUUCCUCCGCCAACAAAGAGCGUAUCUCUACAUCAUCGGGGACAAGAACCAGCUCAAGGGAGGAAAGCAGGACUCGUUCCAGCAGUGGGAGGUGGUUCCCAUCGAGGUGUUCGACAUCCGGCAGGUGAAGAACAGUUUUAAGAAGCUGAUGAAGGCCUGCGUUCCUUCCUGUCCUUCCUCUGAUCCCAGCAUGUCCUUCCACCGCUGCUUAGAGGAGUCUGAAUGGAUGAAUCUGCUUCACAGGCUCCUUCAGGUGUCUGUUCUGGUGGUGGAGUUAUUGGACACCGGCUCCUCAGUCAUGGUCAGCUUGGAGGACGGAUGGGACGUCACCACUCAGGUGGUGUCUCUGGUGCAGCUGCUGUCAGAUCCGUACUACCGCACAUUCGAUGGCUUUCGGCUGCUGGUGGAGAAGGAGUGGCUGUCAUUCGGCCAUCGCUUCAGCAACCGCGGCGCUCAGACGCUGGCCAGCCAGAGCAGCGGCUUCACGCCCAUCUUCCUGCAGUUUCUAGACUGCGUACACCAGAUCCAUCAUCAGUUCCCUAUGGAGUUUGAGUUCAGUCAGUACUAUCUGAAGUUCCUGGCUUAUCACUAUGUGUCUAACCGCUUCCGGACCUUUCUGCUGGACUCUGAUUACGAGCGUAUAGAGCUGGGUGUUUUGUAUGAGGAAAAAGGAGAGAGGAAGAACCCUCAGGUGUGUAAGUCUGUGUGGGAUUACAUCGACCGUCUGCACAAGAAGACCCCCAUCUUCUAUAAUUACAUGUUCUCUCCAGAAGAAGAGGAGGUCUUAAAGCCGUACAGUUUCAUCUCCAACCUGAAGGUGUGGGACUUCUACACGGAGGAGACGCUCUCGGAGGGGCCGUCCUACGACUGGGAGUUGGUGCGGGGGAAAACCGAGGGGCUGGACGAGGAGAGAGCCGAGACGGCCGCGCCUAAGUCACAGAGGCAGGUGGUGUGGCCCUGUUAUGAUAACCUGAGCAAAGUGGUACCGGACGCCAUCACCAAACUGCUGCAGGAUGUGCAGAGCCUUGAGGCUGAGCUUGGACACACCUCUGAGAGAUGGAAGGAGACAUGGGAUAAGAUAAAGACCACGCAACGCACCGAGACCAAACUGGAGAGUCGGCCCUCGUUCUCCAGCUCGCUCCUCAUGUCGUCCAACCUUACCCACCAGAGGCGCACUCAGGGCAUGUACCUGCAGGAGAGCGGUGUCGGCUCCUCCAUCAACCUGGCGCUGGAGUGUGAGGCCAGUGCCACCUCCACACCCGCCACCAGUCGCACCAGCACCAGCACGCUCUACUCCCAGUUCAGGAGCACUGAGAGCGAGAACCGGAGCUUUGAAGGAAUUUUAUUUAAGAAAGGAGCUUUGCUGAAACCUUGGAAGCCACGCUGGUUUGUGCUGGACAAGACCAAACACCAGUUGAGAUACUACGACACGAGGCAGGAUAAGGAGUGCAAGGGGGUUAUUGAACUGGCGGAGGUGGAGUCUGUCAUUCCGGGCACUCCUGCCAUGGGAGCCCCAAAAAAUGUAGAGGAAAAAGCCUUCUUUGAUCUAAAAACGACCAAACGAGUGUAUAACUUCUGUGCGCAGGACAGCCAAAACGCACAGCUGUGGAUGGACAGUAUUCAGAGUUGCCUAUCUGAUGCAUAGAUGAGGGACGGGCCUGUGUAUGUAUGGAAGAGAGACUUUACUGUGACUGGACACAUGGGUGAUGGCCGUGGCUCUCAGCCAACGAUGGCGUAGAGAGAAAACGGCGUUGAUCUUAUAAAAAAAAAUUGCACCUCACCAUAUUUCAGUGUUUUUGUAUAAACAAAUGACAAAAAGCAAGAAAAAAGCCUAAACAAAGAAUUCCCUGAAAGACUGACAUGGACAUGAGUAGUCUAACCACUAUUUACACCUCCUGGAUGUUCUCUUGUGCUCUGUGGAUACGAGGUAUGGCGUCAAUAAUAAAAAUCUCUUGCUCCCUUUCUUCCUUCCAAA